GAAAUAGGUGAGUAGGUGAGAGCACAUUUAGACAUUGUUCCCUUUUUUUGCAAGUGAAACCCGGAAAAAAUGAGGACUUUGAUUAAUUGCCAUUUCCCCUUCCACGGUGAUGUAUUUUAAUUUCCCCCAAGGGACAGCAACGUGAAACAUCGAUAGUUUUCCAUUAUCAAAAUACACUGGACUCAAAAGAAGCAACUACAAUAAGCUGCCUUCAUUAUAACAUAAAAAAAGCAAUCACAAGGGGAUUGCCACGACCACUCAGACUGUUUCACAUCAGGGAUAUUUACUGCACGUGGAAUGCGGCCCGGUGGUUCAGCGGCAGAGCGAGUGACCUGCAAACGGGAAGGUCGUGAGUUCAAAUCCUGGUUGAGGCGUUGACUGAGCUCAUCAUGUCUCUGGGGUCGAUAAAUUGAGUACCACUAUGAAGGUGAGUCGAGGGUGGUUGUCAUGUGGUUGGGCUCCUCCCAACUAUAGGAAUGUAUGUAUGUUGAACUUAUUCUGACCUGCCCCUACUGGACAUCUGUGAAAAAGAGCUUUAUGGCUGUAAAAAAUAAAUGAUCACUGCCUCAAUGCUCAUCUGACUUGUUUCUUUACUGUCGUUGGUUACAUAGUGAAUAUUUGAGCCGCGUGGGUGGUUUGCGUUUGCUUCUAUCCCCCCACCCCUCGUUUGACGGCAUGCGCACGAUCACAGUCUCACCAUGGGUUCAAGGUCCUUCAUUGUGUCAGCAGCUUUGCUCUCAUAUUUAUACGCCAGGUGCUGGCAAUCCAAGCCAGCUCCUUUGAGAACAGACACAGGUGAGGCUACGCACUGCACAGGUACACCUCACUGGCACGUACAUCAGCGGUGGGUUCUCCUUGGCCCAUUAGUUAUCUGAGGGAGUAACUGUCAGAUGUGGAGGUCGCACGAUUCAGAUUGGACGUGGGUACAAACCUAUUUUUCAGUUUUAGUUUCAUAAAGUAGUUCUGUUUCCUCACGUGAACACAUUCGACGUACCAGGGCAGUGUUUGUGAUGCAAUUGGAAUCGUUAUGGAAGCGAUUCCGCGUUGCGGCGUUUGUUUUGAUCGCAGGGCAACAUGAAGAGCACGCUGCUGCUGGCUGUGGUGGCUCUGCUGGGCGCGGGUGUCCACGCAUUCACCUUCCGGAUGCCAGAGGAUGGAGCCGACACGUGGGUCGUGCUGGUGGCCGGCUCCAACGGCUACUACAACUACCGCCACCAGGCGGACGCGUGCCACGCGUACCAGAUCGUGCACAAGGCAGGAGUACCCGACGAGAGGGUCAUCGUCAUGAUGUACGACGACAUCGCUGGCAACGACGAAAAUCCAACCAAGGGCAUCAUCAUCAAUAAGCCCAAGGGGCCUGAUGUUUACAGCGGAGUUCCCAAGGACUACAUUGGAGAAAACGUCACUCCCCAGGUGUUCCUGUCGGUGCUGAAAGGUGACGAGUCGGGUGUGCAGGGCAAGGGCUCUGGGAAGGUGCUCAAGAGUGGCCCCAACGACCACGUGUUCGUGUAUUUCACCGACCACGGAGCCCCGGGAAUCAUCGCCUUCCCCAACGACGAGCUGAGUGUGGACGACCUGAACAAGACGAUCCAGUACAUGUACGACAACAAGAUGUACUCCAAGAUGGUGAUUUACAUCGAGGCGUGCGAGUCCGGAUCCAUGAUGGAAAACCUCCCCGCCAACAUCAAUGUCUACGCCACGACCGCUGCCAAUAGCGAGGAGUCGUCGUACGCCUGCUACUACGACGACGAGAGGCAGACUUACCUGGGAGACGUGUACAGCGUCAACUGGAUGGAGCACAGUGACCAGGCGGACCUGACCAAAGUGAAUCUGAAUGAGCAGUACGAGGUCGUGAAGAAGAACACAAACACCAGCCACGUCAUGGAAUUCGGUGACAAGGUACAGGGCCGAGUUGCCUCCCCCGAUAACCUCUCGGCGAGAGUUUCCAUCUCCAAGCUGAUGCUCAUCGAGUUCCAGGGACAGGAGCAGCAGCGCUCGCUGCGGGCGCUGCCCCCGGCGCCGGGUGGCGCGGGGCCGCCUCGCGACGCCGUGGCCAGCCCCGACGUGGUGCUCGCCGUGCUGUCGCGGAGGCUGCAGCAGGCCGACGGCAAGGCGCAGGAGGCGCGGCUGCUGCGCGAGAUCGACGCGCAGAUGCAGGCGAGGCGUCUGAUCCGCGAGUCGGUGGAGCUCAUCGUGGGGCUAUCGACCGCCACGGAGGAGCAGGCGAGCGCCGUCCUCAGCGGCUCCCCGCGGCCGCGUCUCACGCAGCACGCGUGCUACCGCGCCGCCACGCGGCACUUCAAGACGCGCUGCUUCAACUGGAACACCCCGCUGUACGAGCACGCCCUGCGCUACGUCUACACCUUCCUGGGCAUGUGCGAAGAGCGCAUCCCCCUCGCCAGCAUGUUACGGGCCAUGGACAAGGUGUGCAACGCUGUGGCCUAGCAACGUCGCCCUCCGUGGCAGAGGAAUCGCAAGCGGCGGCAGCAGCAGCACCACGUGUCCAAAGAAAAAAUAAAGUGCACACCGCCCUCAUUACUACACUGACGAAAUGAGCGCAACGUGAUUGUUUUGUAAUUUACAAGUGUAUUUUUUUAAACAUUAUCAAUAAAAGAAAUGAGAUUUGA